AUGGCGUCCUCACCUUCGGUUUUCUUCGAGGCGCCUCCCUCUUCCCUCUUCAACUUUCCUCCUCCCACGGAACCGCAAGCAAUCCCGCCGCCGCACUUUGACCUUCCCUUUACCAUCCCGGACGAGAUCUUCACGGCCGCCUUGGACCCCCGAGUCCCCAUCACCAUUGCCGCUGCCUACGCCAUCACGGCCAAGCUGCUGAACAAGUACAACACCUCUACCGGCAAGAAGCCAUGGGCAAUCAGCAAGACUGCGCCCUUCCGCCUCUUUGUCGUUUUGCACAAUGUCUUCCUGGCCGUCUACUCAGCAUGGACCUUUGUUGGCAUGUUUGGCGCUCUGAGGAGAUCGAUUGUCAGCCCCAGCGGUCCCAAUGGCUUGGCUGGCACCGUGGAUAGCUUCUGCAAGCUCAACGGUCCCGCCGGUUUCGGCAAUGCCGCCACCUACAUUCAGGAGGACAACGCCUGGGAGACGGCCCCUAGCCGCGUGGAUGUUGGAAGACUCUGGAACGAGGGCCUGGCCUUUUACGGUUGGAUUUUCUACCUGAGCAAGUUCUACGAGGUCCUCGACACCUUCAUCAUUCUGGCCAAGGGCAAGCUCAGCUCCACGCUGCAGACUUACCACCACGCCGGCGCCAUGAUGUGCAUGUGGGCCGGUAUGCGCUACAUGUCGGCACCCAUCUGGAUGUUUGCCUUUGUUAACUCUGGUAUCCACGCUAUGAUGUACACUUACUACACCAUCACCGCCUUCAACAUCCGCGUCCCUACUGCGAUUAAGCGUACCUUGACCACCUUGCAAAUCACCCAGUUCCUCAUUGGCGCAUCAUACGCCAUGGUCCACUCGUUCGUCUACUACACCAUUCCGGUCCAGGUUCCCGUUUCCAAGCCCGUUGCUGCUGUCUCCAGCGCUGUGGCUGCCGCGACCGAGUCGGCCCAGGCCGCCGGAUUCCUGGAUGGUCUUAAGCAGGCCGUCUUUGGCGCCGCCGAGGCUGCCAACCCAGCCGCCAUUGUCGCUCCCGAGGCGGCCAGCGAGAGCGUCUUUUAUGAGACCCAGUACCAGGCCACCCCCUGCAUCACCACCAUUGGUCAGACCUUUGCCAUUUGGCUCAAUGUGCUCUACCUCGCGCCCCUGACCUACCUCUUUGUCUCCUUCUUCAUCGCCAGCUACCUCAAGCGCAGCAGCGCCGAGACGGAGCGCAGCCGCGCCAACAAGAAGAGCGGCCUCGCCGACCGCCGCGUGAGCAAUGCCAUGAUCACGGCCGAAAAGGCUGGCUGGGACGCCGCCAAGGGUAUUGAGCGUGAGGUCUACGGACAGGGCAGCGAGAGCGCCGUCAUCGAGGAGGACGAGCCUGUUGCCGCCAACGGCCGAGCCCUGCGAAGCCGUGGCAAGGCCAAUGGCAAGAACUAA